AUGGAAGCGGCCUCCCCCUCCCCAGUUUUGUUUCCUGCCUUUUGUUGGGUGCCUACCGAGACCCUCCAGCCCGGGCGCAGCCACACUGCCGGCAUCUGCACUCCCCGCGCACGCGGCGGCGCGUCAGCGCUUGUGGUGCAUCUUCUGCAGGUAGGCGUCCGCAAAGCCGUCGUCGCGCGGUUCGCCGAGGCCCAACUCCUUCGCCCGCCAGCGUUCCCGCUCGAUGUCCUCCUCAAUGGACGUGUGCCGCCGCUGCCGCUCGCUCUCCUCCGAGUAGUACACCGCGGCGUAGAUGGAGGCGGCAGCGAGGAGGCUGCCGAAGAACACCUGCUUGUCGCGCAGCCGCCUCCACCCGAUCCACGACUGACCGGCCUGCUCCCCGCAGAACAGACGGGCGUAUGA